AAUUUAAUUCUCGAACCAACAACCGUAACUAAUAGUGCCAGAAAGUUGAGAAUUAAGUCUUUAGGUAGGCAACCCUGGUUUUCACUUGUCAACUGUAUUUGACAGCUUAAAAACGCAAGGAGUGCAGCAGAAGUCUGUGGUCAGGUCAGUCUGUUCUUUGUGGCGGUGAGUCCCGAGCCCGGCUCACAUUUCACUGUGCGAGUUGAUCGGUCGGCGUGCUCGAUCUCGAGUGGUGGGCAAAUCAACUCUCUGGGGCAAAUGAUCAGAGCAAUAGCGUUGGUUACGGAUGACAGUCGUCAAAAGUGUUCUGAGCGAGCAGGUGUGAGAUGGGUGGUCAGUAGUGACUUCUUCCAUGGCCGGCCAAUUGGAAGUGGUUAAACUUCCUCAUCAUGAAAGAAUGGAAGUGUGUACUUCAAGAGCAAAGUACAGGCAAGGAAGAAAAUUUACUGCGAUAAAGGUAUAUACUAUAAAUGAUGAAUCACAACACUUGAUUAUUUCCCGAGUACCUGCAUUGGGUUUACAAGAUGAGCUAAGAAAAUUGUGUUCACGAUAUGGCGAUGUUAUAUCUUUGGUUUUUAUUCCAAAUUAUGAAGGAGAAGAAUUUACAGAAGCUUAUCAUGUUCAGUAUUCUAGAAUACAGUCGGCAAGAUUUGCAAAGACUCACCUGGAUGAUAAAUCUUACUUUGGUAGUGUUUUACAUGUGUGCUAUGCUCCUGAAAUGGAGUCAAUUGAUGAAACUAGAGCAAAACUAAUACAGCGUAGGAAAGAAGUUGCGAGAAAGACACGAGGUGGCCAGAAUGUGACGCGGACAUCAAAUGCACCUAAACAGUAUCACAGGCAAAAGAAACAUCCUGCCCUGCCGCUCACUGCAGAGCGCCUGUCAGCAGCAGCAGCCCAAAACCCACACUGCAUUUGGCAAGGAAUUCCACUUGACAUAGAUCCCAGACUGCAAACCUCUGAAGUUUCUAAGACAGAAACUGUUUAUGGUCCUGUGAAACCUGACAAAAAAUGGAUUGAAGCUGGUGUCAGAGAAAGGAAAAUAAUAUCGCUGAAGAAAUUACCAUCUUCUAAUUCACAUCUUCAAUCCACAUCAGAGGCAAAUUCAAAUAUGCUGGAAAGAAAAACAAGUGACAACACUCCUGGUCCGUUACCAGUUCUUAGAUUUAUACCUACCCAAGUGAAAACUGCUCGAAGGAUUGUGUUUAGAAAUGAGUCUCAGAAAAGAUUGAACAGUGAUUCUGAACAUGAAAGUACAUCAGCAGCUUUGGGAAGUCUGACUGUGGAAGAAACUAUAUUAAGUGUGCGGAAGAAAAUAAGAGCAGUAAGUGUUCCAAGUGGGAGUAGCCACAACUCGUGGCCUACACUCACACCAACAGAUGAAGUUUCUCAGUUGAACUGUGACAACAUGCUUGCCCAAAAUAUCUCAGGACUUGGCAUGUCUUCAGAUAGUGUGAAGAAUAUAUUUGAUUGGAUAGAUUACUUAGUGUUUGCUUUAUCGUUAAUUUUAUCAACAUGCAUUGGUGUGUAUUUUGCAUUUUUUGCUGCAAAAAAGCAAAAUACAACAUCCGAAUAUUUGAUGGGUGGAAGAACAAUGGGUAUAUUUCCUAUAUCCAUGUCAUUAAUAGCAAGCUACAUAUCUGGAAUUUCACUCUUAGGCCUUCCAGCUGAAAUGUACGUUUAUGGUACUCAAUAUUGGAUGAUAGUUGUCCCAGAAUUCUUCGUGAGUGUAACAAUGAUUGUAGUGUAUUUGCCUGUGUUCUACAAGCUUCGAAUAACUUCUUCUUAUGAGUACUUGAGAAUGAGAUUCAGCCAACCUGUACGUCUAUUGGGGUCAUGCUUAUUUCUUGUCAAAAUGGGUGGAUUAAAAGCUGUUGUGUGGACAGACACACUCCAAACAAUACUUAUGACUGGUGGUGUAGUUUUAGUUUUGAUUCUUGGAACAAUUUUUGUUGGAGGUCCUCAAGUUGUGUUGGAAAGAAGCAUGGAGAGUGGUAGACUUGAAUUUUUAAAUUUUGAUUUUGAUCCAACAAUUCGCCAUACAGUUUGGGGUGUAUGUUUUGGAAAUUAUUUUAGCUGGUUAGCUGCAUGUUCUGUCAAUCAAGCCAUGGUGCAAAGAUGCCUUGCAAUGCCCACUUUAGGAAAGGCAAAUAUAACUGUACUAAUAUUAGCUCUAGGUAUUUUUAGUUUGGUAAGCAUGAGCUGUUAUACAGGUCUUGUAAUUUACGCAAUGUUCUAUAAUUGUGAUCCUAUUUCUACAAAG